GCAAAUUGCUUCUUUCGUCCAGCGAUGAAUGCGCGCUUCAAUCGAUCGUUGACAAAAUUAUAAAUAAUUGCUUUCGCCCCUUGUUGACACGCAGUACCCAGCGAACUUGAGGGCAGCCAAUUUGGUUUCGCGUUGCUAUAUACCAUGUCAGAAACGAUGAGUUCCGUUACGCUACACGGUAUCCCGGAAACGUUUGUCGGUGCAGAUGUGUUCAUCACCGGAGGUUCCGGGUUUAUGGGCAAAGUGCUGAUCGAGAAGUUGCUGAGAUCAUGUCCUGGGAUAGGUCAAGUGUUUGUGUUGCUACGACCGAGGAGAGGAAAAUCCGCUCAGGAGCGGGUCGAAGAACUAGUGCAAGUUCCGUUAUUUGAUAAACUACGUGAACUUCGUCCGAAUGACUUACAGAAGAUUGUUCCUAUCUGUGGCGAUUGCUCCCGUCUGCAGAUGGGCCUAGAUGAGCAGAGCAAAAAGCGACUAGAGACUGUCCAGUUUGUGUUCCACGCGGCGGCCAGUGUUCGGUUCGACGAUCCUUUGGUGGAUGCUAUACUGUUGAAUACACGAGGAACGCGUGAAGUUUUCAGAUGGUCAAAGACUUUGAAGAACCUUAGGGUCUUGGUGCACAUCUCGACGACCUACAGUAAUCCGGAAAUUUUUGAGAUCGACGAACGGAUCUACCCGGCGAAAAUGGAUUGGCAGAAGGCGAUCGAAAUUGCGGAGAAGAUCGAUUCGGAAAUUCUGGAAGCGAUGGCUCCCAAGCUAACCAAUUUCGCUCCAAACACCUACACUUUCACGAAGGGCCUUGCAGAGCAAAUCUGUUACGAUUACCAUAAGGAAUUGCCGUUGGUCAUUUUUCGCCCAUCGAUUGUGACAAACACCGAGACGGAACCGGUACCCGGUUGGAUUGAUAAUUUCAAUGGACCGGCUGGUCUGUUGGUUGGCGCAGGCACUGGAGUUUUGCGAACAGGUUAUAUAAACAUGGACAAUCGCAUGAACUGCAUACCGGUGGAUGUGAGUAUCAAGGCAAUCCUGAUUGCUACCUGGCAGAAGGCCAACGAAGCACCAGGGCAGCUGACGAUCAUCAAUUCUGCCGCAGAACAAUACAAAACAGUUGCCUAUAGGGUGCUGGUGACGGAUGGGAUGACCAUAUAUCGCAACGCUCCUAUCGAGCGGAUGCUGUGGGCCCCUGGUGGACACAGUACCAGGUGUGUCUAUUUGUACUACCUUUUGUUCUUUUUGUAUCAAGUGAUGCCUUCGGUUCUUAUCGAUUCGGUGUUGCGGGCACUAGGAAGAAAGCCGUUUUUGAUGAAGUUACAACGGAAGAUCUUCCACGCGCAAGUCUCGCUACAAUACUUCACAAGCAAUCAAUGGUCAUUUGUUACGACAAAUUUCCGAAGGCUUUCUACGAUUCUAUUGGAGAAGGAUCGGGCUAACUUCAACCUCGAUUACAUGGUAAACGGCGUACUGGAGUAUUUUCAAGUUUGUACUUUGGGAGGGCGACGAUAUCUCAUCAAGGAAUCGGACGACACGAUUCCUGCAGCGAGAGAUAAGAUGAAGCGGUAUAAUUUGUACAACCAAACCCUGAAGCUUAGCAUUUUCUCCAUUUUUUCCUACAUUUUGUAUAAUAAAUAUUAUCAUUUGUUCGUUUAGUGAAGUGUUGUUUAGGGGUGAUUUAAUACCGUUAUGGAGAGUGCCGCUUAUUCGAAUAUACGCACUAUAUCUCAUGAGUCUCGGAUAAGCAAACAUUACAAAAAAACGCUUGUAAUCCUCCGAGCAGUGUGAUUAGACCUUUCUACAACAAUAAUUGUGUUCAUUAUCCGCAAUUGUACUCUUUUUAUUUAGUAGAAUUAAAUAUAUAUAAACUUGUUAAAAUUGUUAAUUCAGAUUUAUAUGUUACAAAUAUAUCGU